AUGCGCGUCUGCAUUCAUUUGGGCCUACAAGAGGCAUUGUGGACAGACACCGCGUCUAAAGAGUCCGUUUUUGGCGCGUUAUGGCUGCUGCCGAGCAAGGUUGCUAGCUCAAAGCGUCGUCGCUCGUCUCGUUUCUCUCUCCACCACCACCACCACAUUCCCUCCUUGCGCCUCACUUUGGCCCGUGUCACUGUCUCUGUCGCUGUCUCGUCUCGUCUCACUUUCCUUGCCACCUUGGAUUCCCACUCGUUUUUUUUCGAGAUCCAGACCUUGCCCCGCACCCUGCAAUCACCAAACCCCUACUCCAACGGCGAAUGCCCAGCGAGCGCACACCACACAAUCCUUAGACACUACGCCACGCAACGUUCGACAACAAGCAGCAGCUGA